CAGCAAUUUCGCGUUAUACCUCCCACGAAAGGCGGUGCAUUGCAGAGCUUCAAUGUUUAUCAACAACUGCAAGCAUUUCAAUGCAACCUCGCCGAUUGCCUCCUGAACCUGAAUCUGAGCUCGAGCUUGAGGUCUCACUCCUUGUUGCACCAGGUGCAUCCCACCAGCGCUACGCCAAGCAUAGCAUCUCACUCACAUCCCCCACCUUUCCCUACCACUACUGCUCCAAACAUGAAUUCUGACCCACAUCUGGAACCCUCGCGACCGGCGCGCAAACGCAAAACGCUCACCUACUACGAGGAUGGCACUGAAGAUCCGUCGGACGAGUACCAAGCGCCGCCCAAGAAAGCAAAAAAGUCCCAGUCGAACGUCGUCGAUGGCGCCGCCGAAUCAUCCAAAAAGACGCUCAAGAAGAAAGCAAAGUACGAUAAAAUUGUGCCUACUGAAGAGAAGCGUCAACGUCGAUUUCGCACACGACCGCCUCAAAGCUAUUUAGACGUCAAGGAGCGCGCCCUCACCCAACGUCUCACUGUGCUCUCACGCGAACGCUGUGGUACCGACAAUGUCCCGGAGGAGAAAGCAGUCAUUGCCGGCUCAACAGGCAAAGUGUAUACUGUACACAUUGGUCUCACACCUCGCUGCGACUGUCCAUACGCCAACAAAGGGAACCAGUGCAAGCACAUAAUAUACGUCAUGUUGCGUGUGCUGAAAGCACAAGAGAAGAUCGCAUACCAACUGGCUCUUACUAGCUCCGAGCUACACGAAGUGUUUCAACAUGCACCACGAAUCCCUGGCGUCGAGGUAGACAACAAUGACGCAACCGACGAACAAGAUGGAAAUCGCAAGCCCAUCGAAGGCGAAUGUCCCAUCUGCUAUGACGAACUUGAUCCCAACAAGGAUGCCAUCGUGUACUGUAAGGCGAGCUGCGGGAACAACAUACACAAAGACUGCAUGCAGAAGUGGAUGUCCAUGGCACGCGGCAAGACAACCUGCCCAUACUGUCGCGCAGAGUGGAUGGAACUAGAAUUUCCCGGCAACCUUGGCAGUGUGGAUGUGAAUGGUCUGGAAAGGAAUGGUGAUGGGUAUCUCAAUGUUGCUGGACAGCUAGGGUUGAGUGGCGAGAGAGACUACUCUACAUACCAUCAGUUCUGGGUAAGGCACCACCUUGGCACUGGUCAUAAACGGAGGGGUAUCUAUAAAAGACAUCGAGAUUAGUGAGGUUCUCCACAUUUGAAGGAUUUCUGAGCUUCUGGUAAGUGCACAACACACGUCAUACUUUUUGUAGGUCACAAAAGCCGGAGAGUGACAUGUGGUUGUUGGUCUAAGAAAGUGUAACCAUACAUUGCUAAGUUUAACGAGGAAGUGUAACAAAGUCAAGAAGGAAAGUACAGGAUGUAUAAGAGAAGUCCAACAUGAUGUGUAUCGCGCGCGUCUCUCGCGAUUCUCAUAUUCUCCGCAGCGUAACACAGCAAAGUUCUCCGCGCAGGCAUGUGACCUGACCAUAUUUCUCUUCCAGUCGUACUUACGUCUAUGAUUGUUCAUGGCUAUCAUCUCGAAGUUUGCCAGUGCGAUUUGGGUGUAUCUGUGGAGUACUUAACAGCGACAACAUAGCGACUCGGGGUUGAGGACGGAAUUCAGAGCAACACUCUCAGUCAACUGAAAUACUAGAAACUAAGGCG